AACAUGCUACCGAUUGUUGUUGUGACAAGGAUUCGUCGCUUCUGAUACGCAAGGGAGAAAAAAAUAAUAAAAAUUACGUCAUUGAACUUGGAUAUUAAUAUUAUUUAGCUUAAGUCUGGUAAAUUUGAUAAUCUCAGUUGCAUUUCAAGAUUAGAUUAGAUAAUUAUGACACUGAAUUAGAAUAGAUCUACGAAGUCGGCACCGCAAAAGAAUACAAAACCUGUGUUGUAGAAGAAGAAAAAGUUUUCAAUGUCAGACGGACAGCCGGACAGGUGGGAGUUGUCCGAAUGUAAACAUUGAGGUUCUAAGUUUACGUUACGUCUGGUACCGUUGCAAAGGAAGCAUAGCUGGCGUUCCGAAGGUGUUGCUCUGUCGAUCUUGACCACCGGCCUCGCCACUCCUCAAAGGAUACAUGUUCCACCAGAAGCCAUCUUUCAAUUUCCAUCAGUCAGGACGCUUAGGUGUUGCCCGUUGUGGUGAUUGACGGGAUAACUGUCGUCAACCUGGAAUCUGACAAAUCAACAAAAAGAGAGCUUGUUUGUAUUCAUCUCGGGAUGACGGUCGUGUAAAGGAAUUCUUGAAGAAAGCCACGUGAAGGAAGGAAGCUGAGCGACGGACAUUGAAAAAGUGCAUCCCACAAGCGAACAAGAUGAAGCUGGAACUUUUAAUAUGUGUGCUGGCCGUAGUGAUUAGGGGCAUUGGUGUCCAAGGCUUGGAGAAUGGCUUGGCUCGGACUCCACCAAUGGGGUGGCUGGCUUGGCAGAGAUUCAGAUGCAACACAGAUUGUGUGAAUGAUCCACACAAUUGUAUUAGUGAGGCACUAUUUAUGCAGAUGGCCGACAUUAUUGUAAAUGAGGGUUACAGAGAUCUUGGUUAUAAUUUGGUCUCGCUGGAUGAUUGCUGGUUGGCUCGCACAAGGGACUUGAACGGUAGGCUACAGCCCGACUUCAGCCGAUUUCCGUCCGGAAUAGCAGCUUUGGGAGAUUAUAUGCACAAACGAGGACUGAAGUUUGGCAUUUAUGAAGAUUAUGGUAAUUUUACCUGUGCAGGGUAUCCAGGAAUUUUAGGAUACUUGCAGACUGAUGCUCAGACCUUUGCUGAAUGGGGAGUUGAUUAUGUUAAGUUGGAUGGCUGUUAUUCCCAUCCCACUGACAUGGACCAAGGCUACCCCCUCUUUGGUUUCUACCUGAACCAGACGCUUCGGCCAAUGGUGUAUUCCUGCUCGUGGCCAGUCUACCAGACUUAUUCCGGGAUGACGCCAAAUUACACUUCCAUCAUUCAGACUUGCAACUUGUGGAGAAAUUUUGAUGACAUUCAGGAUUCUUGGGAAUCUGUGCAAAGAAUCAUUGACUAUUAUGGAGAUAACCAAGAUGAAAUAGUUCCCAAUGCUGGGCCUGGUCAUUGGAAUGAUCCAGAUAUG